AUGGCUCACUGCUACGUACCUAAGAUCAAAUUUACUCCUCAAGAAGAUCAGAUACUGACUAACCUCGUUCAAAAAUAUGGACCUGGUGAUUGGGACAGAAUUUCUAGGGAUAUGAAGAAUAGAACACCACGUCAAUGUCGUGAAAGAUGGAUUAAUUAUAUAUCUCCAGAGUUAUCCAACGAUCCUUGGACUCAGGAAGAAGAUCAACUUUUGGAUGAAUUAUAUUCUGAAUAUGGAUCAAGAUGGCAUAAAAUUGCAGAGUUUUUCCCUAAUAGAUCUGGAAAUUGCGUUCGCAAUAGAUACAAGCUUCGUCAACGACGUGCUCAGAGACAAGCUGCAAAAGAAAUCAUAAAGCAGCCAAAACGUGCAAAACCUAUAUCACAGCCUCAACCUAUGUCAUCCAUCAUAUCGAUUAAGAGCAAUGAUGAUUUUUCUGAAAUUUUCAACAUCGACAAAAUACCAUUCGAAGAGUUCUUCAACUCAACUUUUUGA